UGUUUGGGCCGGCUUUAUAGUUCCUGGUCAGUGACGUCACCCGCCUAUGACGUACCGUCUCCUGAUUGGACAGAUUUCAAUGCUUCAUGACGACAUCACGCAGAGGAGUUCCCAUAGCGACUACACAGCACGAGAUCCCUUGAAAGGGAACUACUUAGCCCCUGGAGAAACACUCUCUGUAUUACAUUUACACGGCCUUGUCUAAACCUGUGAAUCUGACGGGCGUCUAUGAAUUCAGUACUAUGGGUCUGUUGGACGACACACAGAUCGACUCUUACAAUAGUGAAGAAAAGACACAGAUUCCCAAACAACAGUGGAUGAAAGAGGAAAUGCAGGAGGAUUACUGGAAAAAAGGCACUCAGUCCAGAGAGAGUAAAGAACAGUGGUUUAACGUGAACGCCAAUAUUCUGAUGAACCACAUGGGAGACAAUGAUUCAGAUCUUCAUGUUCUUCAGUGGAGACACGGUUGUGAAGUUGAGCAGGAGGGAGAUCAAGUGAAGUUUCUCAAAGGCAUUAAUGAGUUCGGCUAUGAUGGAGAAAACUUCUUGUCUUUUGAUGAUAAAGAGUCUCAAUGGAUUGCUGCAGUUGAUGAAGCUCUACCAACCAAGAGAAAAUGGGACAAUGUGCCAAUCCUAAACCAAUACACCAAAGGAUACCUGGAGAAAGAGUGUGUGGACUGGCUCAACAAAUUCAGAGAAUAUGGAGACGAGGAGCUCAGAAACAGCUCUCCUCCAAAUGUCCAUGUGAUUGAAAAGAAGAAUACCAAUGACAAAAGCAAGCUGAAACUCACCUGUAUGGCCACUGGCUUCUACCCCAAAGAUGUGAUGAUGAUCAUUAGGAAAAAUCACACAUCUCUGCCUGAAGAUCAGAUUGAAUCCACAGGAAUCAGACCAAACCAUGAUGGAUCCUUCCAGAUGAGGAAGAGUGUGGAGAUCAAGGGGAAGGAAAAAGAUGAAUAUGAUUGUUUUGUGACCCACAAGAGCAUCAAAGAACCAAUCAUUGUCAAACUGGCUGCUGAAUCACUGAAUGCAACUAAUCCUGAAGAACCUGGUGGACAAGACAGUUCUGGAGAAUCACCAGACAUCAGGGCGACUGUUUUCAUAUUUUAUCUCUCUCUCAUAUUUCAUCUAAUCUGGAUAUUUUGAAGCACUUUGCUCAAGAAACUGACAUUUUAGACUAAGUACAAAAAAAUAAAGAUCUUUUAAUUUGAAAAGAGUUGAUUUUCCAGACUCAAACUGAAUGUUAUGAAUAUAAUGAAAUUUUCAGCCAUUAAAAAUGAAUUAUGCAAA